AUGGCCAGCUGUAUUUCAGAGACCGCAGAAUUUAUGGAGGAACAGGGCAUCCAUGUGGCCAAGCUCCCGGUUAUCUCACUCGCCAAACUACGUGAAAACGAGCAAGCUGAACUGGCUCUCCUUGAUGAAGCAGCGUCCAACGUCGGCUUCUUUUACCUUGACCUUCGUGGUGAUUACAAGGGUGAACGUGUGCUCGCACAUCUCCCAGCAAUACAAAGACUAGUCGAGAGCUACUUUGGACAGCCCGAGGAAGUUAAAGCAAAAGAUGCGAGGUUUGAUAUCAAAGCAUGGCAGGAUCUUGGAUGGAAAAGGGGCUACGGCGGGGAGUCAUUUGAGGUAGAAUAUCCCAAAAUAAUCAUCAACAUGCUCAUCUUCCAAUUGCUAAUACCACGCGUCAGAUCUCACGGGACGAGAUGACUCUGCCGGUCGAGUCCAUUCCGCAACUCCCCCAACUAUGGCAAAACGAGUGGGAGAGGGUCACAGAAAUCGCCUCCGACUGCGACGAUGCUUGCCUAACGUUGCUCAAAUGUCUCGCCGCAAACCUCUCAGUGCAUCACCAGCCCCACAGUCCAAGUGAUACUGGACUCAAGGUAGUCUUGCAUCCCUCAGUUGCCAAGAAGUCCGACGCACCCGAUGGCUGGCACACAGAUGACGGAACUCUCACACUUUUAUUCUACAAGGAUUGGGGGUUGAACGCCUUUUUGCCGAAUGUCAACUCGUGGGCUUUCACCCCUCCAAUGGAAGGCUGUGCUCUCAUCAAUGUUGCGAACUCACUGCAGAAAUUGUCGGGUGGAAGGUUCCACUCGGCAAAACACAGAGUCACACAGCCUUUUGAUGGCUCAAAGAACCGGUACUACUUCAGCUACUUCCUCAGGCCUGAGACGGUUUUAGUGGAGAAGUGGAACUCCGAUAAUUGA